ACUAUAUAGUUGUGUGUUUGUGAGGAGUACAAGUAAUUAACAAGUAGGUACUUCGAUUGAUCAAUCCAUUAAUGGGGGAGAAUAUGUUCAACUCCAGCCGCACAGGGAUGACAAGAAGCUCCUCCUUGUUGCAUGUGAAUAAGGAUAUUGGUGAGCUGGUAUGGGAAAAUGGUGAAGUUAAAGUGCAAGGAAGAGGAGCAGCAGUGGAAGAAAGAGCAGCAAAGUUAGACAGAUUUUACUGCUCCUCAAUUUUGGAUCAAAGCAAGAAGCAGAUCCAACAAGGAUUUUCAAACUUCAAACUUACCUCCUUAUCACAACAGUGCAAGAAACCAAGAAUAAUAGAUUUUUCAGGUUCAGCACAAGCAACAACAAAAUCACACACACUACACCACUUGGGUACUUGCAAUAGUAAUAAUAAUCAGAGAACAUCAUUAGGAGGAGGAAUGGUGAACUUCCCAAACUUCUUGGUUCCUUCACUCUUCCUCAACAAAUCUUCUUCAGCUGCUGCUGCUGCCACUAGUAGUAAAGGUCAUGAUCAUUCAUCUGUGGUGAUUGAUUCUUCUAAUAAUAACAAAGCAGCAACACAAGAACUCAAAGAAACACCUUUUCAUCAGGUACAACCACUUGAUCGACACUCUCAUGGUCAAAAACUAUAUCAUGGAGCCUCAUCAAGUUCAGCAGCACCACCACCACCUAAUAAUAAUAUUGAGCAACACUUGGUAGUAGCAUCUUCCCCUGUAAGCUCUAUUGGAGCCUCAAACGACCCUGACAUUGGUAUUAUGAGGAAGCAGCAUGAGGAAUACAGCAACAUCACUGAUCAUGAUCAUGAUCAUGAUGACACCACAACAUAUAUAAGUGAUGAUGAUGAUGAAGAAACAGAAGAUGUAAUAAUAGCAAAGGAAACACCAGCUGCAGGUACCAGAGCCAAGAGAAGCAGGGACCCAGAGGUUCAUAAUUUAUCUGACAGGGUCAACAAGAGGAUUCAUACAUUGAAAGAACUCAUACCCAAUUGCAAUAAGAUUGAUAAAGCUUCAACUCUAGAUGAUGCAAUUGACUAUCUUAAGACCCUGAAGCUUCAGUUGCAGAUAAUGUCAAUGGGGAGAGGACUUUGCAUGCCAUUAAUGAUGUUACAUAAUCAUCAUAAUCAGUUAAUGUGUUAUAGGCCAUCAUCAGGCACAGGCAUUCCCCAUCAAAACAUGUUUGAUGGUUUCUUCAACCAAAUGAGGCCUAUGAUUAUGCCACCAUCACCACCUUUCAUCAAUCCGACUCCACCACUUGCGCCAUUGUCAAUCGCCAAUUCUUCCAGUCUAGAUGUCUCACAUGUUCAAUCAAUCAAUAAUGGUGAUCAGGUUUCCCUUCACCAACACACAACUAGCAGCAGCUACCCCUUCUAUUUUCCCACAAUCAUCAAUCAGGAGGAAAAGAAUAAUUAUGGAAUGGAAUAGCAGAAUAAUGUAAAGUAGUUGAUAGCGUAAAGUUGGUUAACACUUUACACAAAUCAAGAUAGUGCUGCUUCAUUCCAUGCUUUACAGCUUUCACAUGUAUGUACCAUGUACCCAUCAAAAUGACCCACACAAACUUGAGUAACCUUCAUUAGUUGUCAUGUUCUAGCAUUUUAU